AGGGAUUUGAAAUAAAAGUUUUGAGGGCUCGAAAUCAAAACCCAUUAACUCCUCUCGCUCUCUUCUUCCCCGACACAAAAGCCCCGGUUGGGCUCCCGUUCCAAUCCCAAUCUCUCUUCUCCGGCGAGUUCGAGUUCGGCGUCGGUGGUCUCUCCCCUCCCUUAAGGGGUUUCUGCGGCGGCCGGGAAGCAAUCGGGCGGCGGUUGCUUGCUCGCUCGAUUCGAUUGGGCGCCGCCGCGCGCGGGCUGCCGCUCCAGUUUGGAAGGUGCUGAAGGUAUCAAGGAUGAUGCUUGUGCAUGUGUUUAGAUGACACAUGGUGUGUUGUACUCAUACGUGACUUGCUGGAUAGUUAGCCAUGAAGAUCAAAGCACUUCUGACCUCUGCGGGCAUAAAUAUUGGACUUUGUGUGCUCUUUCUGUCGCUCUAUUCUGUUCUGAGAAAGCAGCCAGCUAAUGUCAGGGUCUACUUUGGGCGGAGGAUUGCCGAGGAGCAUAAUCGGGUCCGAGGGGCUUUUAUUUUGGAGAGGUUUGUUCCCUCCACUGGCUGGAUAGUGAAAGCCCUGCAGUGUACUGAGGAAGAGAUGUUGGCAGCUGCAGGAUUGGAUGCUGUUGCUUUCAAUAGAAUGCUAGUAUUCAGCAUGCGCAUAUUUUCCCUGGCUGCCCUUCUGUGUGUUUUUGGGAUUCUUCCCCUGAAUUAUUUCGGACAAAAUAUACAUCAUCUUCGGAUUCCGUCAGAACAAUUGGAUAUCUUCACAAUUGGGAAUGUUGGAGUGAAAUCAAGAUGGCUUUGGGUCCAUUGUGUAGUCAUCUACAUAAUAUCUGGAGUAGCUUGCAUUCUCCUAUAUAUUGAGUACAAGCACAUUGCUAGGCUGAGGCUCCUUCACCUUAGACGUCCAACACCCAAUCCAGGCCAAUUUACCGUCCUUGUUCGUGGAAUACCAAAGACCUCGAAAGAAUCGUGCAGUAAUGAUGUUGAUGAUUUCUUCACCAAGUACCAUGCACCAAGUUACCUGUUCCAUCAAGUUGUUUACAAAUCAGGGAAAGUUCAGAAGAUAAUGACUGGUGCGAAGAAGGCAUAUAGGAAGUUCAAAGAUUUCAAGGACACCACUGUAGAUCAAAGCUGCGGCGCGAUUUCCUACCGGUGUUGCCUUUGUGGAGCCUCAUCAAAUUCUUUUCAGUUGUUACCUACUGAAUUUGGACAGAGCACAGAGAAAGCUGACCUGAAUGAUUCUAGCUUGAACAAAGAUGAUGAGGAAUGUGCAGCUGCUUUUGUAUUUUUCAAAACUCGGUAUGGAGCACUUGUUGCAGCAGAAGUACUUCAAACAUCAAACCCUACGAAGUGGGUUACAGAUCUAGCUCCAGAACCAGAUGAUGUGUAUUGGUCAAACAUUUGGCUUCCCUAUAAGCAGCUUUGGAUUCGCCGAAUAGCUACCCUUCUAGGUUCUAUUGUUUUUAUGUUCGUAUUUCUGUUACCGGUGACAUUUAUACAAGGUCUAUCUCAGCUAGAGAAGUUGCAGCAGAAACUCCCUUUCCUAAAGGGGAUAUUGAAGACGAAAUACAUGAAUGAACUAGUAACUGGAUACCUUCCCAGUGUCAUACUGCAAAUAUUUCUGUACACCGUUGCUCCGAUAAUGAUACUAUUUUCUACAUUAGAGGGACCUACAUCUCACAGUGAAAGGAAGAGGAGUGCUUGCUGUAAAGUGAUGUACUUCUUGAUUUGGAAUGUAUUCUUUGUUAAUGUUUUAUCUGGUACUGUCAUAAACCAACUGGAAUUUUUUUCAAGUCCAAAGGACAUUCCCAUCCAACUCGCUAGAGCUGUACCUGGGCAGGCUACCUUCCUCAUUACCUAUGUUCUGACUUCAGGAUGGGCCAGUUUAUCAUCUGAACUUAUGCAACUCUUUGGUCUGAUAUGGAACUUUAUAAGGAAAUAUAUUCUGAGAAUGAAGGAAGAUACAGAGUUCGUGCCCUCAUUUCCCUAUCACACAGAAGUACCAAAAGUUAUGUUGUUUGGACUCUUGGGCUUCACAUGCUCUAUACUGGCACCUUUGAUCUUACCUUUUCUGCUAGUGUACUUCUUCCUUGGCUACGUCGUAUACCGCAAUCAGCUGCUGAAUGUAUACCGCACGAGAUAUGACACAGGUGGUUUGUAUUGGCCGAUUGCGCAUAACACAGUGAUAUUCUCUCUCGUGCUCACACAGAUCAUCUGUCUCGGUGUAUUUGGCCUCAAAGAAUCACCAGUAGCUGCUGGCUUCACCAUACCUCUUAUCAUUCUCACUCUCUUAUUCAACCAGUAUUGCAGAAAGCGGCUUCUCCCAUUAUUCAAAACCUUUCCAGCACAGGAUUUAAUCGACAUGGACCGGGAAGACGAGCGGUCGGGAAGAAUGGAACACAUUCACCACCGGCUUCACUCCGCGUAUUGCCAGUUCCCUGACACCGAAGACAUACAGCUGGAGAAAAUUACGACCGUCGGGAACGAUGAGGACCGAGGUUGCGGCUCGGCUGAGUCCGCCGGCAAAGAAACCGGCGAGGAACAACAACCAAGAAGGGAUCUGUCUCACCCAACACUGAAGGGGCUCCCCAUUAGCCGUCUGCAGACUGCUGUGAGAUCCAUCACUUUCCUCAUUAGACUGCAGAAAAGAGGUCUAUCCUAAUAGAGCAUGGGAUAUCUAACUAACUGACUAGCUAAGUAACCGCUAACCCCUCUAUAGAGUCUUGUUAUGUAAAUGUACAGCAACAUAUAUACAGUCAAUACUGAGAAAAAAGAGUUAAGAUAGCAACAAGCUCAGAGAGCAUCAUCAAGAUGGA